CCACACCUCGGAAGGAAAGACAAGAAUAUAUGGACAAAUUAAUUUUCAAUGAUAAAAUACCACAAAAAUCCUCAACGAGGCAGAUGUUAACACAAAAACAGGCAUCUCAUUUAAUUCACAGGAGUGUGCCCGGAGUCUCCUUGUGGGAGCCGUGCCAGCGGAGGGUCUCCAGCAGCUCCCCACCUCCCCCUACCCUAGGUAAACUCCAGCCUCAGCUCUGGGGAGCGUGCAUCCUUGCAAUCAAUCGGAGUCAGCACCAGUGACAGCUCUGCAGUCCUCCAAUGUGGUGCUGAUCAGGUGUUCCCAGAGCCUGGCUCAGCUCACAGCGACACAAUGCAGCUGAGCAGGCUGAGCAAGGGAGCACAAGCCUCAGCCUCCUGCACACAGCCUGUCCCUGCUCUCCAGAACACAGCGGGCGACCUUUGAGCUCCAGCCUCACAGGGAGAUGAUGUGCUGAGGUGGAAGACAACCCUAUCUGUGGCAAAGAUGGAAUAUCAGAUAUUGAAAAUGUCUCCCUGCCUGCUCGUCCUUCUGCUUCUCAUCCCUGGUAUUCUCUGUAUCUGUCCCCACCAAUGUACAUGCUCAGAAAAGCACAGGCGAGUGGACUGUUCGGGUAGAAACUUGACUCUCUUACCCCCUGGACUCCAAGAGAACAUUGUUCACUUAAACCUCUCUUCUAACCUCUUCACCGAUCUUCACAACCAGCUAACUCAGUACACCAACCUGAGGACCCUCGAUGUGUCCCACAACAUGCUGGAGCGCCUCCCCGAGCAGCUGCCCAGGUCCCUCUGGGAAAUGUACGCUACCAACAAUGCCAUCAAACUUCUGGACAAGUCGGACACCGCUUACCAGUGGAACCUUCAGCGCCUUGAUGUUUCUAAGAAUAUGCUGGAAAGGGUUGUUCUUAUCAAAAACACACUCACUAGCCUCAAGUUUCUCAACCUCAGUAGUAACAAACUCUGGACAGUCCCCACUAACAUGCCUCCCAACAUUAAGACAGUGGACCUGUCCAACAAUUCUUUGACCCAAAUUCUUCCUGGAACAUUAGUGAAGCUGACAAAUCUCACGCACCUUUACCUCCACAACAAUAAGUUCACGUAUAUUCCUGAUCAAGCCUUUGACCAAUUAUCUCAGCUGCAAGUGAUAACUCUGUACAACAAUCGAUGGGCUUGUGAUGAGAAGCAAAAUGUCACCUAUUUACUGAAAUGGGUGUUGGAAACCACAGCUCAGGUGAUCGGGUCUCCAUGUUCUAAUCACACAAGUCCCUGGCAAAACCACACGGAACAAUCCACCCUCUCCGCAAUGACCUCAAGCAUGUUUGCUGUGGCUAGCACACAGGCCACGGACGCCAUUAGCUCCCUGAGUCUGGAAACCCAACAUAAGGUGACCAAAAUACCCAAACAAUACCGAACAAAGGAGUCCCCGUUAAGUGCCACUCUGGGCAAAAGCGUGGUCCUGAGCAGCACUGAUAAGCCUCUGGCUCUCUAUCCAGAAGAACUGCCCACGGGAAAGACAAAUUCCCAUGAAGCAGCAGCUGCAACACUGACCAUCCAUAUUCAAGACGCAACUGUCUUAAAUGCAAGUGUCACGAAUUCCACGAAAUCUUCCACAACUCCAAUGACCCUAAGCAUCACGAGUGGGAUGCCAAGCGGCUUCUCUGAAAUGGCUCAACAAAGCACAACUCUCACCUUAAGGAAGGAGGGGACAACCACCGAAGCUCUUAAUUCUCGCCUACCUUCCGCAGCAAGUAUCUGGAAAGCAGAUGCGUCGCAUGUCUUCAUGAUCAACGUCAUUGUAAUGAUGGUCAUGCUGACUGGCUGAGGACCUGAAUUUUCUGAAAUUAAUCAAAGUACUCCUCUCUCUGAUGUAAAUUUGGAAAAACAUGCUCGUGUCUAACCAGUGACUCAAUUAUAGAAAACCCUCCAGAAGGCCAGUCUUGCAUUUCUGACUCUGAUCUUAAUGAAGUAACUUUGUCCUAAACACAAGAAGUGCACAAAUAAUGUCUUGGUACUUUGCUGCUAUUUUACUGUCUUAACUGAGUAAAAUCUAACCUGUUAAGUUUUUUUUUUAAAUGAAAUGUUUAUUUUAUAUCUUAAGGCUUCAUUUUCUUGCAAAAAAUAUAAAGCAUCUGAACUUUAAUAUGUAUUUUAUGUAUGUUUUCAUCAUUAAACAUCUGGAAAAGAAAUAAAAAAGUCUACACUAA